GAAUAAAAGAAAGAUGAAUCAUCUAAGUAUUGAUUUUGUGUUUAUGAAUCUUGUGAAUCUUGUGAAUAUGAAUCCUGAGAGUAUGAAUCUUGAGGAUAUGAAUCCUGAGAAUAUGAUUCUUGAGAAUAUGAGUCCUGAGAAUAUAAUUCUUGAAGAUAUGAAUCUUGAGAAUAGUCUUGAAAAUAUAAAUUUGAGGGAUAUGAAUCAUGGGGUUAUGAGAAAAUGA